UCUAGUCUUUUGAGUCUCUAAGUAUGCUCUACUCAUGCGCUUCGAGCAAUUUCGAGUAACAGAAAAAAAUAAUUGCUAUAUUGUAAUAUUGUGUUUUUUAAGCAUUCAGCUAUCAACCUCCACCGAUAUUUCGUCCAUCCCUAGAGUUUUGCUCGCUGGGAAGAAGAAUACUUGGCCCAUAGCGUUCGCUGUGGAAUUGCAGAAAUGGACAUUGCACCUCUGCCAAUGUAUAGCAAGGAGGGAAAGACGUGGGCGUCUGCUGACCUUUUGUCGUGUAAAUGUGAAGGCGUGUAUGCAAGCCAAGUUGUGAAAGUUCUUUCUCCCAAUCUGUUUAGGGUGAUGCAUGUUGUCCCCGACAAGCAAGAUUACAACUUUGUUGAAAAGAUUCAGCUCGCACAAGAUGAAGUUCUGAGCCUCUGUAAUAAGCUCGUGCCCUCCUCUGCCUUUGCCUACCUAGGCGAGCCCCCGCGGGUUCGUAUCGAUUUUAAUUUACUGAAUCAACGACGCUUACCGGCUGCCGGAUUCUAUGGAGACAAGACCAUGAUCAUACGCAUUUUCCGCAAGGAAAGUCUGGUGGAUGAACGCGUUCUUGCAGAGAUGGAAAGAAGAAGGUUCGAGCCUGGAUUAUAUGUGAGUCUUCCUGAAGGAGGACGUAAGGUGUUAGUAUUUUACUGGCAUGAAGGUGAGCAUUUUAAGCAGGCCUCUAGAAAAGAGGUGUCUUGCAAUUUCAUCAGAUACCUGGUUGAGCUCUGUGAUAGAGUAUAUGUUUGUAUGGAAGGGAGCUAUCCAUUUGAAGCUAUGGCCGCCUCUGCAAUUGGCGCCAGUCGAAGACCUAAGCCCAUCAAACAGAUUCAAGUCAUCAGAGUGAAGAACUCAGUGGAUGAUGUGGAGCUCAUGCCUGGUUAUAGUCUAAGAAUUGACGGAGGAGCGAAGAGUAAGGAGUCUUCAUCAGAACCGAGCGAAAAUGUUCAAUUUGUCAAUAAUUAUAAUGGAACAGCAGUGUUCUGCGAAGGGUAUCACCACUGUUGUUUCCUGACAGCAGAGAAGAGAGCUCCAAGGAACUCUACAAAAGUAGAAGAGGUGUCUAUGAAAGCUUCUGGGUUUGCCAAUAUGCUUGAAAGCUGGUCGUCUGCAUCCAAUGUUGACUAUUCUAGACUGAGUAGUGAGCAAUUCAUAAAGUUUAUUGAAUAUUGUCAGCCGCAAGAGUUUGAAAAGUACUUAAAGUUGAAGGAAUCUUUGAAGAUGAGAGAGGAAGCCAGGAUCUUUGCACAGCAAAAGGAAUUGGAAAGAUGUUUUCUCCAGGUUCUUCGCGAAAUCUGCCGUCACGUUCUCCUUUCCGUGCCCGGUCAACUCGGCCCAACAGAAGAUAAAGAAAAAGCAAACCAGUUGAAUUCAUGCUCUGACAUGGAGAUCGACGGCAAAUUUGGACCUUUCGAGGAACUGCAUCGAGAACUUUCGAUGAUUUUAGCUGGGGAGAAUAACGUUUGCAAUGGAGAUCAGAGGGUGUUGUUGCUCGGAUCAGAUAUUAAAUUAAGCUGGAGCGACGAGGAGCAUAUGAUUACCGUUGAAGGCCCGGGUCAAGGAAAGCAGGAAACGCCUUUUAUCGUUUAUGGACAAAAAGUUGAUGCCAGGUGCUCCCCUCAGUGCUCCUGCUCCACAAAGAUCAAUGGAAAGCUGAAGUUCCUGAAGCCUAUGAGCGAACGUAAAGACUUGCUAGUCUCAGGUGAUAAAGUUAAAUUUGUUCUAUCUACUUCUGGUAACAAUGAGGAGUUGCAAGCAGAAGGCAUUGUUCUUCUUGUUAAUAAGACUGCCUCUCUUUCUGCAAUUCGUAGUUGGGUAGAGAACAUGAUUCCUAUUGAAUUGAGCUGCCUGGAAAGAAAUUUAGUUUUCACUGCCUUCUUCUUGAGCUCUCACCAGCGUAUUGCUUUAGCAUUUAUGGAAGACCAUUUGAGAACCCAAGGCACGCGCAGUCUGCCACGAAGUGUCCAAUCUGAAAUUGAAGACUUCAUUAAUGCCUACCCUGCUCCGCCCACAGUUGAUCUAGAGGCCCUCUCAUCUCGCAACAUUUUCAGAACCGUGUGCAAUCAAGUCUUUAAGGAACACGAACACAAGUUCAUGAAAAACAUAAAGGAAUUUUUGGCUCUUGUGUUUAACAAGAAGGAGGUGAUAUUGCACAAAGCGGAGAAUGUCAGAGAAGCCGAGGAUAAGUUUGUACAGGAGUUGAAGAGGAAGAUGUCCACAGUAAAGAAUGAUAACUCAGUGACCAGGUAUAUUGAAGAAUUUACCACUAAAAAUUCGUGGUAUUCAUUUUCGCCGGUGGAAGUGAAGGUGAAGAUUUCAAUUGUUGAGGAACAUCAAUCCCUCAUUGUUUAUAAAGCAUGUGAACUGACUCCAAUGAGAAAAGACAUAUCUGAGUUUAAUAGCAACUCCAGUCGUCCAAUGGUCCCAACAAGUGAGGAACCAGUACAGUUGGAAGCCAUUGAUCCUCAGCUUGAAAGAUUAUUUCGAGUUGUCAUCCUCAAGUCGGGAGAGCUAUUGGUUUUUAUUUACAAUUUUAUAGAUUCCUCCUUGUAUCUGUACCGUCGCCCCAAGAUUGGUUUCAACAUGAAUAAAAGGGGUCCUCCUAUUUAUACAUUCAGGAGGGGAUUCGAUUUGUUGGCUGUAGAUGAAGGUACCAGAUCGAUGGCUAUGUAUGAAAAAGAAAGAUCAAAGAUUGUAAUAUAUAAGUUUGAUGAGUCAUUUCGGAGGGUCUCUUGGACUGGAGUUGAGGUUAAUCUGGAAUCGUAUCAGGAGAGCAAGAUCAUUAAAUGGAUGCAUUUGAUUCCAGGGAAGAUGGAGCUGCUAUUGGUUGAUGACACCAACAGAGCGAGGCUAGUUGAAAUCCACCAGAAACCUAUGAUCAAGCCAAAGUAUAUUGAACUUCAUCCGCAGCAGCACUCUUUUAGAGCAUGCGUUUCUGUUGACGGCUAUUUCUUCCUCGUCUUCAGGCAGUUGGAACAUCAGCGUGAAAAUAUACUUGAAAUUUAUCUUCUGGGUGAUACCAUGAGCUACUUGAAGAAAAUCCCUUUAAAUUUGGGUGCAAGAGAACGCAGUAUAUCUGGUUUGGAACAACUAGGGCUGAAAAUUACGAGCUUCGGAUCACAAUGUCAGCUUUUGCUAUAUAGUCCUGAAGAUGCUCCUGGUUUAAUCUUUUCCCAUGUUUUGAAAACUUCUGUAGCCGGGGAAGGUGUGCAGUUGCAACAAGAAGGUCAUAUUAAAGCUCCUGAAAAUGAAAGCGAAAUUGCUGAGUCGUGCCCCUAUUUGAGUUACAUAUAUCACAUUUUUGACAGGUUUGGAACAACACCUAAGUUGUUUCCGGAUGCUAAGAAGUGUAUAACAUUCAAAGUGCUACUGGAAAGUAGCGGAUCAGAUAGUGAGGCAUGUCUCAAGUAUCUAAAUGCUCUUAAGGUUGGAAAAAAAAAAGAUUUUUCUGGUAUGAAGAUUCGAUAUGAAGUGAAUGAUGUAGAGAAUUGCACAUGUUCAGCUGCAGCAGAGCAGCAGACACAGGUGAAAAUGGGAAUGUGGAUUCGGAAGCUUCUUUGCCUUGUUCCCAUCCAAAUAGCUCGUGCAGAAAACAAUAGAAUGGUAGCUCUUAAGGAUGGACUUCAAAUACCCCCUGAUGUUAGUUACGCGGACAGCGUAUCACUUGCUAACUCUAUACGCUUUGGGUUCUAUGAUGCGGUUCUUAGCAGUUGGAAAGCCAAGAUUAAGGUCAUAUCUUCCAUUGGAAGCCAGAGUACCGGAAAGUCAUAUUUGUUGAAUCAUCUGUCAGGGUCUCUUUUUGAUGUUGCAGGUGGCAGGUGCACAAAAGGUGCGUGGAUGACCAUUGCAACGGCUGAAGACGAAGAUGGUAGCGGGGGAAGCAGCUGCUUGUAUGUGCUCUUAGACUUCGAGGGGAUUGGCAGUUUUGAGAGAAGUGAACAAGAGGACAUGCUUCUCUCUGUUCUCAGUGCCGCUGUCAGCAACAUCACAAUUUUCAACAAAAAGGGUUUUGAAUUAGAUAAGGACACAGAAUCCGCUUUCAACAGGCUCCAGAGUGGGAUCAAUCUAGUCAAGCAGGACAAAAAGUUAUUUAAAGGUCUAUUCUACAUUGACAUCAAGGAUGUGGACACGCCCGAUGAAGAUCAUCUAAUCCAAGAAUUCAAUGGGAAGAUUUCACAAAUAUGGAGUAAAUGGCCAGAGGAUUUCAUUUCAAAAAUGUACGACAGAAAGUUUGUGACUGUUGCUAUGGCUCAUAAUAAUAGAUCUGAUUAUUAUAGAAAGGGCUUGAGAGACCUAGCAGACACAGUGGCAUUAAAAGUUGGUUCUAGCUAUGACAAAGGAUUUAAUUUCUUGAGGGAUCUAAGGCUUAUUAUAGCUGAAAUUGCAGCCAAAGACUGGACUUCUAUUGACAGCAAGCGAGUUGCUGUGACAGUUGAUGUUCUGAGGAGAAAUCUUAUGUCUGCGGUCCACAGGGGAUGCCUUUCUGUGACAAAUACAUAUGAAGAAAAAAGAAUUUUGGAUGAUUUCGAUACUCAGGAAGAAGUUCCUGAUUUUCCUGUUGUUGUCGGGGAUUCUUCAUGGAACACUAAUGAUUCAGGACUGAUUCUCUCACCGUGUACAACUACAAAAUCAGAAACCCCAGUUACUAUAAGAGACGUUUUUUCUCAACUCAGGUUUAAACUGGAGAAGCUUUUACCCAGGAAUGGUAGCAACGGCCGGGAGUGGCAUUCUUUAUUUGAGAGCUUCCUGAAGGCGCUGGUAGACCGAAGGCAUUACCGAGUUCAACAGUGGAUAAGUUCAAACACCACUGAUUUCCUUCAUAAUGAAGAGGUGCAAAGGUUGCAGCUAGAGGCUAAUUUAGCUCUUGGCAAAGUAAAGCAAGUCCUAUCAGUCUGUGGAUGCAAAUGUUCUGUUUGCUUCUGGAGGUGUGUAAUGGAGAAAGGCCACGUUGAGCGCCAUUCUUGCAUGGGGAAUCAUGUGUGUACAGAAAGUUGUAGUUAUUGUGCUCGAGAAGGAGACAGCUUCAGCUCAUGCGGGGAUAUAGCAGGGCAUGAAGGAAGUCACAAUUGCAAUAAGAAAAAUCAUACAUGUGGCGAGAGCUGUUACCUAUGUAACAUGUCUUCACAUUGUAAUGAGCGAUGUUCUCUCGGGCCAGGGCACCUUGGCCUGCACAAAUGCAAUUCUCCUCAACACAUGUGCAAUGCAAAAUGUUCUCUUCCAACCUGCAGUAAUCUCUGUGCUGUGGCGAUUGAAUCGAACCAUGGAAAGCAUCAGUGCCAUGAGAGAUAUUGCCAGAGCAAAUGCAUGAUAGAUGGCUGUAGCAGGAUAUGUGGAGUUAAAGAUCAUUUCCAUGCUUUGGAUCAAAAUGCAGAGCAUUUGUGUGGACAUGAGCAUGCCUGCACCCAUGAGUGCGAGAUACCGGGAAUAUGUGAAAUAUUCACUGAGCUUGUCAAACAAACCCGGGUUUUUCAGGGCCAAAGGGGAUCCUUUGAGUAUGAAAUUGUGUCGGAGCAAAAUGGCCUGCGCAAGCUUUGUUGCGUUCCCAUUCCUCCCCACGAAAGAAAUCAUAAAGGUCCGCAUGUUCACACAAAAAAAGAAAAUUCUGUGCACUAUUGCGACACCAGAUGCCAAACUUGUGGUUACUUCUGUCAGCUCCCAAUUGAUCACUCAGGCUUGCACGAUACAGUGCAUGGCAAUAUGAAAAAUGUAAGGUUCAUUUCAGAGGGUGAAGAUAUUGACAUUGAAAAUCGCAAGUAUAAAUGGGGAGAGUUAGGGGAAGCAGAAAUGUGUAACAUGUUUUGCAAGAAACAAGGUCGAGGGCAUAUCCAUUUGGUUCCUUGUCCGGGCUCCACCAAAUGCACCGACAAACUCUACGAUGGUUUGAGGCACGAAACUGUGAAAUAUGGACCUGAUGUGGAUGUUCCCAAAGAUGAGAUGACUCAUGAGACAUUCUGGAAAUAUGUUCAGUUUGUUGAUCCAUGCACCAAAGAAGAGAGGGAAGAUUUUGACCGAUGCAAUCACUAUUGUAAAUCUGUGGAGCAUAAGGCAGAAGCUGUAGGCGCUUUUGACAAAUCAUAUUGCACUGAGAAACUCUGGCACCCACCUGUCAUGAGUACUGGACAGAAUUUAAGUUCUGCAGGAUAUAUAACUGAUGAUGGCCAUCAUUUUGGCUGUGAUCAUUCUAAGAAUGCACUUCAUGUACUGUUUAUCAUUGACAAAUCGGGUUCGAUGAGCAAGUCAGACAUCAAACCCACUAUGACAAAAUUUAAUAGCCAUAAUUGUAGGCUUGGAUGCGUAUAUGAGUCUAUUCUGAGAUUUAUACAAGUCCGCCACAGAACAAUUUCUAGUGAUUCUGUAUCCGUUGUUAUGUUUGAUACUAGCGCCAAUGUAGCUCUACAAAUAGAGGACAUGAAAGAAGCUGUUGUUGAUCGCCUUCUUUUAUAUCACCCAGAUGGAGAUACUGUCUACUCAAAGGGGUUGGAUAUUGCAGAGAAAAUAUUAAUGAAAGCAGCCCAAAACCAGUCUCUGAAGAUGAAAAUACCAGUUGUCAUCUUCUUGAGCGAUGGGGAAAACAAAACUGGAGACGAUCCUGUGCAUUGUGUGGACAAAAUGAAAGAAGCACAUCCUAGAAUGAUAUUUCAUACAAUUUUGUUUAGAAAGGAUCCAACAACGAACACCAUGAUCGAAAUGGCAAAGAAAGGAGGAGGAACCUUUUCGAAUACAUUAGAUGAGAUUCAGUUGGCCCGUAGCUUUGAGAAUCUGGCCGAAAGUCUCAAAUCCCAAGUUGCAGCGUUGAUGUAAGGCAUCACCUGCCUUCUCUUCUCUUUUAAAAUUUGUUUUAGGAACCAUAUCAUGUGCUUGUGUAAUCAUCUGUUUAGUUUUGUUGUUACUUCUAUGUUUUGAAGUCUGAUGAUCUGGUAGCCCCACUAUUUACAAAUAAAUUGCUACCUAUGUACUGGUUAAGAGCGUCCUUGCCUUAUCGCUGCACUUAUCAUGUUGAAUAAUUUGUAAUUUCUCCCAGUUUGCAUGUGGAGAAAAUUAGGGAUUUUAAUGUUUCUUUUUUAUUUGCAUAGAAAUGCAUGAAUAAGUUAAACUCA